GUUGUCUUGCAAAUGGGCCCUAUAGUCUCAGUGUCAACUGUCAACCCCUCGAGUCCCUUUUUCUCUCACUGUCUCUCGUGCUUGAGCAAAAGCUUCUCACACAGAACACCUCUUUGUGGUUCAAACUUUCUCUCCCACCAGGUGCAGUAUGUUCAAGAUUGGAUUCAGAAGAGCUUCCAUUUCAAGAUCAGUUUCUCUUGCUCAGGUCUUCAACAAGGGAUUCUCCUCCCAGCCUGGAAGCAAACUAGAAGGUAAGGUAGCAUUGAUCACUGGAGCAGCAAGUGGCAUUGGAAAGGCAACUGCAGCCAAAUUCAUAAACCAAGGUGCCAGAGUUGUUAUUGCUGAUAUUCAACACCAACUAGGCCAAGAAACUGCAAAUGAACUUGGGCCAGACGCUACUUUCAUUUCCUGUGAUGUAACUAAAGAAUCUGAUGUUUCCGGUGCUGUUGAUUUUGCCAUCUCUAAGUACAACCAAUUGGAUAUUAUGUACAACAACGCAGGGGUGGCCUGCAAGAGUCCUCAUAGUAUUGUAGACCUUGAUCUGGCUGUGUUUGAUAGGAUCAUGAAUAUCAAUGUACGAGGAGUAAUGGCUGGAGUUAAACAUGCAUCGCGUGUGAUGAUCCCACGAAGGAGUGGCGCCAUUCUUUGCACAGCUAGCAUCACAGGUCUCAUGGGUGGGCUUGCGCAGCACACCUACAGCGUCUCCAAGUUUGCUGUUGCAGGCAUUGUCAAGUCACUUGCAGCAGAGUUAUGCAAGCAUGGGAUUCGGAUAAACUGCAUAUCGCCCUUUGCUAUUCCAACUCCAUUUGUGAUGGAAGAAAUGAGUCAGAUAUAUCCUGGUGCUGAUGAUGAAAAGCUCGUGGAAAUUCUGCAUAGCACCGGUACAUUAGAGGGAGCAAAUUGUGAGCCAAAUGAUAUAGCUAAUGCUGCACUCUACCUUGCAUCCGAUGAUGCCAAGUAUGUUAGCGGACAUAAUUUGGUGGUAGAUGGAGGUUUUACAUCAUUCAAGAAUCCGAUGCUCCCCGCAUCAAGUUAGCUGCUGUACUAAACUAGUUUGAAAAAAGAACAGGAAAUAAAAGCACGAUCAUUGAAAGCAUGGAGUUCAUGAUGCACUCCUCGCUUCCCCCACUUUUUUGGUCAUGCAACUUUUAAGGUUUUUUCC